AUGGCGUAUACGAAAGAGACAGUAUCGUGCAAUGAUGCUUUUACCAUUCGCCAUGACACACUGAACAAGUGCAUACAAGUGAAAAACUCACGGAUAGUCAUAGGUGACUGCAAGGAGACAAGUGAAGCUUUAUGGAAAUGGGUAUCCCAGAAUCGCCUCUUUCAUUUGGGGUCCAAGCAGUGCCUGGGACUUGAUAUAUUCACCAAAUCACUGUCUCGCCUGAAAAUGGUUGAUUGUAACUCAGAACUAAUGCUGUGGUGGCGAUGUGCUGAUGCUUCUGUCCUUGGUGCAUCUCAGUACAAAGUGACUGUCAAGGCUAGCUACAUAACUGCAACCAUAAAUGCAACAGACCAGUGGAGAAGCAACAGUUCCUCUGAUGAUAUAUGUCGAUAUCCGUAUCGUGAGGUUUAUACCAAAGAUGGGAACUCCUAUGGAAAACCCUGUGAAUUUCCCUUUCUGUAUAAUAAGACAUGGCAUCAUGACUGCAUUCAGGAUGAAACGCAUACGGGUGGGAAAUGGUGCGCCACAUCUGAAGAUUAUACUCAUGAUGGAAAAUGGGGCAUCUGCUUACAACCAGAGGAUGGUUGUCAUGAUAUCUGGGAGCGUGAUCCGGGAUCUGAAAGUUGCUACCAGUUUAAUACACAGUCUUCUCUUUCUUGGAAGGAGGCUUAUAUUUCAUGUCAGAGGCAAGGAGGAGAUUUACUUAGCAUCCAAGAUGCAUCUGAAUUAAGUUACAUACAAGCUAAGGAUGAUGUUGCUGAGAUCUUUUGGAUUGGCUUAAAUCAACUGGACAUUUCUGGUGGUUGGCAGUGGUCAGAUCACAAACCUUUGAAUUUUCUCAACUGGCAUCCAGAUAUGCAGAGUUUGUCCCCGCUGGAUGGAACUAGCUGUGUGGUGAUGAAUGCUGCCUCAGGUCAGUGGCAGAGUUACCACUGUGGGACUCCACUUCCAUAUAUUUGCAAGAAGUCACUCAAUGAAGUUUCAAGCCUCCCAGAGUUUUGGAGGCACUUGGAUACUCGCUGUGAUUCGGGCUGGCUUCCCCACAAUGGUUUUUGCUACAUGCUGAUAAAUACCCAGGCGCCUUGGAGUGUGGCAGACAAGUUGUGCAAAGCAAAUAAGAGUAACCUCAUCAGCAUACACUCGUUAGCAGAUGUUGAACUGGUUGUUACAAAGCUUCAUAAUGAUGCUAAAGAAGAAAUGUGGAUGGGUCUCAGGAAUGAAGAUGUACCAACCUUGUUCAAAUGGUCAGAUCACUCAGCUGUGGUUUUUACAUACUGGGAUCAGAAUGAACCAAAAGUUCCUUUUAACAGCACCCCUAACUGUGUGUCAUAUUCAGGCGAGUUGGGACAGUGGAGAGUCAAAUCCUGUGAAGAAAAACUGAAAUAUGUGUGCAAGAAACAAGGAGAGAUUUUGAAUGAAACAAAAUCAGAUAAAAGUUGUUCCUUGGAAGAGGGAUGGGAGAGACAUGGAAACUACUGUUACAAGAUUUAUAGAACAGAAGUUUCAUUUGGAGCACAAUGCAAUCUUACAGUGAUGAACAGAUUUGAGCAAGAAUUUAUAAACAGUCUAAUUAGAAAACAUACAAAAGUUGAAGAAAAAUACUUCUGGACCGGUUUGCAGGAUAUUAGCCAAUCGGGAAUAUAUUCCUGGGGUACAGUGGAUGGGGAAAAAACUGAAGCUGUGACGUACACUAACUGGAAUUCCUUGCAACCAGAGUUUUCAGGAGGAUGUGUGGCCAUGCCCAGUGGAAAGUCUCUUGGAAAGUGGGAAACUAAGGACUGUAAAACCACUAAAGCAUUUUCUGUCUGCAAAAAAUAUAUUGGGCUCCCCAAGGAGCCAGAAGUGCUUCCAAAACCAACUGAUCCCUGUCCCCCUGGGUGGCACAAUGGAUCCGGCCUUGCCUGCUACAAGUUCUUCCACAGUGAAAGAGUGCUGCGAACCAGGACAUGGGAAGAGGCAGAAAGAUUCUGUGAAGCACUUGGAGGCCAUCUGCCUAGUUUUAGUCACUCAGAAGAAAUCAAGGCGCUUCAUUCUAUCCUGAGAAAAAUAAUCAGCAAUGACAGAUGGGUAUGGAUUGGAAUGAAUAAGAGGAGUCCAGAUUCUUUGGGAACCUGGCAAUGGAGUGAUGAUAAACCCGUUACUAGUGUUGUUAUGCCACUCGAUUAUUUGGAAGAUGAAUAUGAUACAAGAGACUGUGCUGCAUUAAAGACCUCUCAGUUUUCACGGAGAUCAUUUUGGAGAUUUUAUUUCCAUGAAGGCAGAGAUCUGGAAUUCUACUUUAGGCCUUUUGACUGUGAAGCUAAACUUGAAUGGGUCUGCCAGAUAACAAAAGGUAGCACUCCAAAGACACCUGACUGGUAUAUACCAGAUGAAAUAGGAAUUCAUGGAGCCCCACUUGUUGUUGAUGGAGCAGAGCUGUGGUUUGUACCAGAUAAAAACCUGAGCUUUCAGGAAGCUAUUUUCUACUGUCAAAAAAAUGAUAGUGAUUUAGCCUCUGUGGAGUCUUACCCAAAACUCAGGACAAUACUGUCUCAAAUAGAAAAGUUAUCAAACAGCGAACAGAAAUGGUGGCUGAAGUUUAUUGAUUAUGGCUACAGCUAUCAUUCACCUUUACAGUUAUUUUCACGCUUCCAUGAUCGAUUCCUAAGAGACUGCUGGUACGUUUCUCGAAAGAACUGGUAUAGAGACUACCCAGUUAACUGUAAUGUGAAACUGCCCUUCAUCUGUGAAAAAAAUAAUGCUUCCUUACUAGAGAAACAUGAUCCCAGUUACCGUCCAGUCAGAGGAGGUUGCCGUAAAGGUUGGCAUCGGUUCCGGAAUAAGUGUUUUCUAAAGAUGAAACCCGAAUAUUUGACAUUUAAUGCAGCUAAUGAGAAGUGUGUAACUUUUGGAGGCUCUCUUCCAUCUAUCUCAAAUCAAGCUGAGCAAGAUUAUAUAACAUCCUUGCUUCCUGGUAUGCCAAAAGAUAUUUGGAUUGGUUUGCAGUUUCUGUUCAGCACAAGGGAAAACAAAUGGAUAGAUGAGAGCAGACUGUUGUAUAGCAACUUUCACCCACUCCUGACAGGAAGAUUAAGAAAAAUUCCACUGGACCUUUUUGAUGAAGAAUUUAACAAUCAGUGUGGUGUAAUCCUCAAUGAUCCCAAAUCACAGUAUGUUGGAACAUGGAAUUUCACUGCUUGUGCUGACAGGCAUUUCUUGGGUAUAUGCCAGCGUCCUAUAGGAGCUGCUGAUAACCAGACAGAGCAAAUCCUUAAUGAAACAUUGAGCUAUCGAAAUGUUGAAUACAUGGUAAUUCCAAAAAAUUUGUCCUGGAAUGAUGCAAUGGCUGCAUGCAUAAAUAACAAGAUGCAGCUGGUUAGCAUCACAGAUCAGUUCCAGCAGGCUUUUCUUGCUGUUCAAGCUGCCCUUCAUAAUUACCCGCUGUGGAUUGGACUCUUUAGCAGAGAUGGUGGAAAACAUUAUGGCUGGCUGGAUGGGAAACAUGUUAGUUUUAGUCGCUGGUCUGAAGAUGAUGAAGAAACAAACGAAGAAUGUGUGUUUUUGGAUACUGAUGGCUUCUGGAAGACUUCUGACUGCUCCUCUGAAAAUCGAGGUGCUAUUUGCUAUGCAUCAGAAAAGAAGAUUGAAAAAGAACAAGUUACACAAGUUAAGUGCCCACAUAAGAUUAAAAAUACACCAUGGAUAUCAUUUAGAAACAAUUGUUACACUUUUAUGAUAACAAAAAAUAGAUGGAGAGAACUGAAGUCUCAAGAAGCUCAUCAUUUAUGCAAGAAAAUGAACCCAGAAGCUUUUGUUCUGAGUGUUCGAGAUGAAGAAGAGAAUAACUUUGUUACUGAGCAGCUUCAUUCAUUCAGUGGUCUGGCUACGUGGGUCUGGCUGGGUGUGAUUUAUGAUGACAGUGAUAAAGUUCUCAAGUGGUAUGAUGAAACUCAUCUGACUUACAAUAACUGGAGGCUGGGAAGACCUAACAUAAAGAAGAACAGUUUUUUUGCUGGUGUAAAUCUUGAUGGGUUUUGGGAUAUUUAUAAUUAUUCUCAAAGUUGGCAUGUUCAUCACUAUAAUGUGUACAGUAUUCUUGCCUGUAAAAUCGAAAGGGGACCCCAACAGCACAAGCCUCCAUUGCCUCAAUCUAUUCCACAUGGAAACAGAACAUACAGGAUCCUUCAGAAAAAGUUAACGUGGUAUGAGGCAUUGAGGGAAUGCAAACAAAAUAGGAGUGAUUUAGCAAGCAUACACAGUGAAUCGCAACAGUUAUUCCUAGAAGAUAUUGUCAAGCGAGAUGGCUAUCCUCUGUGGCUUGGGUUGUCAAUCCAUGAUGGAAGCAAAGCUAAUUUUGAAUGGUCAGAUGGAAGUGACUUUGACUACUAUCCUUGGGAAUUAGAAAACUCAAAUACUACUGAGAACUGUGUUCUGUUGGAUACUAAAGGAUCUUGGAACCGUACGAAAUGUACAAACAUUGCUGAAGGUGCCAUUUGCUAUAGCCCUCCAAACAAGAGACAGUUACAGCCAAAGCAAGCGAGCAAAGGCUCAAGAUGCCCGCAGAUCAGUGGUACUCUACAAUGGAUACAGUAUAAGGAUCAUUGUUACGCAUUUGACAUGGCGUUCUACAAUUUUUCAGUAUAUAAUGUGGAAGAUGCUAAGAAAGUCUGCAAGAAACUGAAUCCUUCAGCAACCCUUCUGACUAUAGUGGAUGCAGAGGAAAAUGCAUUUGUGAGCACACACAUAAAGGAAAAUGAUCUCAUCACCAAGAACGUAUGGCUUGGCCUAACUCAGAUCUCUAAGGAUCAGUCCAUGAACUGGCUUGACGGCUCAUCAGUUAAUUAUGUCAACUGGGAAAAUAAAACUGCAGAAGUCAAUGAAAAAUGCAGUGUUAUCCUGUCUACAACUGGCACAUGGUCCAAAGUUGACUGCAGCCGUAGUCAAAGCAGAGUGGUUUGUAAGGCUCCUUUAGGUUCUAAUCAUACUGGGGUGGCUGUAGCAUUUGCCCUGCUAAUUAUCUUAGUCUUCAUUGUCGGAUUAGUAUGGUAUCUCUAUAAAAAGAAGCGUCUUCACUGGAGUGCCUUCUCUUCAGUACGCUAUCAAAGAGGGAUGAAUGAUGAUGAAACCGAGGAUGUGUUCACAAAAGACAGCUAUUGAGAAACUGUUCCUUCUGGGCAAUUUAGCAUGAACUUCACUGUGUGAAGCCAUAAGGAAAGAACUAUUGAUGUUUUAUUACUUCUUUUUGGAAAAGUAAUAAGGUUAUUAAUGGGAGCUAAAUUUUAUUCUUUUAUACAAGUGCAAUUUUUAUUCAAGUCAAUGGUAAUUAUUUACAUUUGGCCUCAGCCAUUUAAGGUGCAAGGUUUCUAGAGUUCUGUGAUAUUUUUAAAUUUACAGUAUUUUUUCUCUUUACUGGAAAGAAUUUUUAAUGGAAUACUUAAUGCCAACAGUACUUUAUACAAUAUCACUUUAAUGAAAGCACUUAAAAUUGCUACAUGAAUUCUGUAACUUUGUACAAUUAUCCAUCGAUAACUUCAUGCCAAAUGAUGUACCAUUUUGAUAUGCUAUAAGAGUUUUGCUGCUAGCGUUGGGUUACCAUGUAGAAGCAACUUUUGUAAUAAGCAGUUACAGAUUUUGAUACAGCGAGGGAAAAGAGAGUUAACAAACAACUAAAUAUUCCUUUCCAUCCAACUAGAAUUUAAAUUUUCUUGUUACAGUGGAGAAAGAUUGCAUUAUGACUUUUUUUUUCCCCAGAAAGACACACAAAAUAAAGUAUUUUAUAGUGAUGAGAAAAGAAUCUUCCUUAGAAUAUAGAAUAUACAUUUUGAAUAAAGAGUUAUAGGGAAUACCUUGUGCUAAAGCCAUGCCAUCUUGGAGUAAAUUAAAUAAACAUAAAAUAUUUGAAGCCUGAGACUGUGGCAGCCAGCAGAUCACUGUUCUUACUCGCUGAAGGUGGUAGUGGGGCUAAGAAAAAUACUCAUUAAGGGCUAACUGCAAACACAAGCAGAAC